CACAGAGUGAAAGGUCACAUUUAGAAAAACACCAUCCGGGCUAUGCAGCGUUCAAAUCUUUGAGGAACAUUUUUGAGGAAUUUUCUACUCUACUCUAAGGUUAUACAUGGAUCCUUUUGCAGCCAGCUCCCCACAAGAAGUUAUAGAGAGGGUCUCUGAGAAGCUGGGAUGCAGCACGACUUCCCGCGACGUGGCUGAAUACUUCGAUCGACAUGACAAGCUACGGGAUUUGCGUCAGGAAUUCCUGGUUCCGAAAGUAGCCGAUCUUCCUCAAUCUGACCUGACACUCGUAGAUGGCUCAGAAGAUUGCAUUUACUUUGUAGGCAAUUCUCUAGGAUUACAACCCAAAAAUGCCAAAAAAUACAUUGAUGAGGAGUUGGAGAAAUGGGCCAAAAUGGGGGUCCAUGGACAUGUGAUGGGGUCGCGCCCUUGGGCCUGGGCCGAGAAUAAUCUGGAGGCUCUCAUGGCAAAUGUUGUAGGUGCUAAACCAGAGGAAGUGGCCUUAUUAAACGGUUUGACUGUCAAUCUGCACCUUCUGAUGCUUUCAUUUUACAAGCCUACCGCAAAACGCCACAAAAUCAUUCUGGAGGCAAUGGCCUUUCCUUCUGACCAUUAUGCUGUGGAAUCUCAAAUACGCCUCAGAGGAUUUGACCCUUGCGAGAGCAUGGUCCUUCUUAAUCCCCGAGCGGGAGAGGAAACCCUGAGGACGGAGGACAUCGUUUCCACAAUCCAGCGAGAGGGAGACUCUGUUGCCGUGGUGAUGCUGGGUGGAGUCCAGUACUACACUGGCCAGCUGUUCGAUAUGGAGGUCAUAACUAAAGCAGGCCAGGCCCAGGGUUGCUAUGUAGGGUUCGACUGUGCACAUGCUGUGGGUAAUGCUGAGCUGCGACUACAUGACUGGGGUGUCGACUUCGCCUGCUGGUGCACCUACAAAUACGUGAACUCUGGAGCCGGUGGCUUAGCCGGAGCAUACAUACACGAGAAACAUGCAUCCACGGUCGAACCGGCGCUUCUCGGUUGGUGGGGACACAAGUUGGACACUAGAUUCCAGAUGACCAAUGUGAUGAGCCUGCAGCCUGGAGUUAAUGGAUUCAGACUUUCAAAUCAACCCAUUUUACUGGUGUGUCCCCUACAGGCCAGUCUAGAGAUCUUUAACAAAACCACCAUGAGUGACCUGAGGAAGAAGUCUAUCUUGUUGACUGGAUAUCUGGAGCACCUCCUGAAGCACUACUACAGCGAGGACAAGUCGGAGCCACGGAAACCUUACGUCCGUGUCAUUACGCCCAGCAACCCUGCAGAGAGAGGCUGCCAGCUCUCGCUCUCAUUCUCGGUCCCCAUCAGAGCCGUCUUUCAAGAGCUUGAGAAGAGAGGAGUCGCAUGUGACAUGAGGGAACCGGAUGUGCUGCGUGUAGCUCCUGUUCCUCUCUACAACUCCUUCGCUGAUGUACAUCGCUUCAUCACUGUGCUAGGAGCAGCUCUGGAAGCUAGCAAACAACCCAGACAGCUCUAAUCUCUGACAAUGCUCCUGGUGUCUGACCAAAGAGAUGUUUCUCAACCUGUUGACAUCAGUAACGAUCCCUUAAAAUUAGUCCGAGACUAUUUAAAACAUGGAAGUGAGUGAGAUGAUGCUAAUAUUUGGGCUGAAGAAUCUUUAUCCAUGGUCAUUUCAUACCUAAAACCUACUUGAGAUUUGCCAGAUUCUAUGAUCCUGAGUUUGGCUCAAAUUUGUUCAAAUUAUAUCAAAGAAUAUAAGUUGUACAACAAAAUAAAUAAUAAAAAAAAGACUAAAGUUCUUAA